AUGGAAAAGUACAUCUGCUAUCGGCAACGAAGGAGAAAAGAAGUCGUCUACGACGAUUGCGUACUCGAGGACUCCUUGUCCCAAGGUGACUGGCACGUCGAGGACUACGAGAUGCUGCUCAGAGGAUUACGAGCUUGUACUGAGCUUGCCUCGAAGCCACGCACGACAAACUUGGAUCGAAUUUCGAAGACCACCAAGAGAUUGUUGGAAAGAAGAAGAGCUUUGAGGCUUGAUCCGAAUGCAUCGCACAUUGAGCGGUUAGUAGCAAACACUAGCAGCAGAAAAGCAUUGCAGAAGGAUCUUUUGAAAGACAGGCAGAAGAAGAUUCUAGAAGCAGCACAAAGAAGAACGAGUCUAAAGAAAUCUAAGAAGAAGCCUCAGGGAUCUCCGCUAAUAUAA